GAAAAAGGAGCCGAAGAGGACUGCAGAGGAAACCCGGUGUUUACAGUCUGCUUGUCCUGGAUUAAAUUAAUUAAAGAAUGUGUAGCAGUUAUUUAUGAUCGGUUAACGUUAGAUACAUUGACGUUAGGUAAAAUCGCCUUUAUUUGAGUAGAUCGGUAAAUAUUUUGAAGCUGCCAGAUAUUUGACAGCCGCGAUAUGAGGUCAGGAACAACACGCAAUAGGAACAACAACAACAACAGCGGCGGCAGCAGCAGCAACGAUGACUCUUUGCCCAUCGCUUCCCUGCGGCUCUUGGCUCCCCCACUAAGGCUGGUCUCGGCCGCCAUGUGGAAGGUGAUGCAGCAGCGGGAUGCCCUGCACUAUGGAAAGCUGGAGGAGUUCGUGACUUCUGUCUCAGAGACUGUUCCUGGAUUGUUGAGUUACAGACAUCAGGCCAAACUGACCGUGGGUCUGCGGGCACGGCUGAUCCUGGAGCAGCUCCAUCUUGCCCAGUCUCCUGAGCUUAUUCUCCCCCAGCUAGAGAAACUACGUGCACCUGCCUUAUCCAACAGUAAAAGAAGUAGAGCUGACCAGAAAGUAGAGAUGGCUGUGAAUAACUUCCACACACUUGUGCAGACUCUGCUCAAGAAUCCAGCAGAGAGAGAGCAGUUCUUCAAGGAAGAGUUUAACUCUCAGUAUGGGCCUCAUUAUGACUUUGCUCUGGAGAAGCUGCUGUGGGAGUUUCUGACCAGAUUGGACCAGCUGCUUCCUGUCCCUGAUCUGGCUCAGACUGUAUCGUGGCUCACUGCAGCGCCGGCUGUCCUGGAGGAGUGUGCACGCUCUGCGUCUCAGCCGCAGCUUCUCAGGACUCUAUUGCAGCAUGAGAAAUGCCUCGGACACAUAAACUCUGCAGCAUCUGUUCUGUCCUCUACUGGAGACUCUAUCCUUUCCUCGCUUUCCCUCCCACUCUCAGGCAAAGUGCGAGACAGAAACCAAUCAGGAUCCAGUCCCUUACCGAACAUUAUCCCAAGUACCGCCAAAUCAGCACAAAAAUCUAAUAAUAGGCAGACAAGAGGAACCAUGUCCAACAUCACACCGGUUAUCGGCUCAAUAUCAACUGCAGACGUCCCACUUCAAACUUCAACCCGUCAAAAUGUAGCAUCCAUUUCAGAAAAUGACAGUGAGGAAGAAGACACAGAGGCUUCUAACUACAUAAGGGCCAAACUAAGGUCAUGUCAGAAAAGUGGAAUUUUAGAUAAAGUCCCGGACGAGGAGCACUGUGUAGGGAAGCUGCUGGUUACAGUAAUCAGUCAGACCCCUACACCCACCAGCAGUGAGGUCGAAGAGGAGGAUGAAGCUCAAAUCGGACCAGCAAGAAGAAGUAGCGAGAAGAUUGGUGAAAAAGAUGAACGAGAGCUGGGAAGUGGUAAUAAAAUGCCAGUUUUGGGAAAAAAGAAAAGGAAAAGGGAAGAUGGCAGCAAGACAACUCAGAAAAAUUCCCAAGACACAAAGCCACAGGAAGAAGAUGGUCUACAUCCUGACAUUGCUCUCUGUAUGAAGCGUCAGCUCAGAGUCAUCAUCCCAAGACUGAAAAUGAAAGAUUACUCUCAAACGGUGUUGCUGAAGACCAAGACCGAGGGGGAAUGCGCUACAGUGUCUGCUGCCAUUGAUGACGUGUCUGCAGUGAAAAAUGCAAAUGCUGGGAAGCGAAAGAGGAAGCUCAGUCUCUCAGCGACCCCCGAGAAGAACCUGAUCAGCAAUACUGAUAAGCAAGUUUAUGCUGGCUCUCCUUGCAUCCCUACACUCAUGCCUUUAAGGAUGGAGAAUUCAGACACGGGGUCUCCUGUAGGUGAAACUCCAGAAGACGUUAUUGUAGAUUCAGAAGAUGAAGCCACUGAGAAGGUUAAAGGAAGGCUGUUUACAAAGCGAUACUGCAAGACAAAGAGUGACACUUAUAUUCCGACUUUACACGAGUUCUGGACUCCUGCCUUCUUCCGCCGUGACCUCCUCUCUCCAGGGAAUGCCUGCAGAUGAGGUUUGGUUUAAAGACCAUUUGGCUGAAUUAUACACAACUGUUUACUCCCCCUAAUGUAGCCUUUCUUAUUAUUAUUGUUAUAAUUAUUAUUGUUUAUUCAUAUAUGAAAGCAUUCCUAAUGUCACCUUGUCAUAAAUUGUUUUUACAUUUAUACAGUACAUUUAUCAGCAUAAAUAAUUAUGCUUCAUUACCAAGUAGUAAAUGGACAUUACCCUUUUAUUUUAUUUUAUAUUAAUGCAUAACCUUUUAAGAGACUCACUAUAUCCAUGCAUAAUUAGUUUGGCUUUUAUAUAUUUUAUUUGAAUCAUCAUAUUUGAUACUACCUAUGGGAAAAUGUGUUUAAAUUAUCAAUAAAUAUACUUUAACAAAACCAGGAAGUGUUUUGAUGUUGCUUUCUAGAGCAGAAAGUAAAAUUUGCUCACUGUUAAAAUUUUCACAUGCAGCUCUUGUAGCUCUAAAAAACAAAAUCAGAAGCUUAAGUAAAAAUG